GGGGUUAAUUAUUGGUGGGUUAAUCAGUAAAGCCAAGUAAGCCGAGGUAGAAAGAUUUGGGCCAGCACAGGGGCUGACCUUAGGAAGCCUUGGGGGUGGCGGGGUUAAGGGAAGGGAAGGGAAGGGAAACCACUCGUCUCCUCCCGCGGCCCGACUUCUCUCAGGCAGGUGGCUUGCCCGCCGCGGGUCCGGCGCUCAUUGGUCCGGCGUUCCAGGAAGGAGGCCCCGCCCCUGGCGCGUGGGGGGCGGGGCAUGGAGCUCCCCGUGUCACCCUCAGUGCCGGGAGUCUCCAGUUUGCGUUCCACGGGCGGUGGCGAAGGCGACGACGUCAACGUCAAAAUGGACAGCGGGGCCUACGGGGCGGCCAAGGCCGGCGGCAGUUUCGACCUACGGCGAUUUCUACAACAGCCGCAGGUCAUCGUUCGGGUUGUGUGCAUGUUAUUUGCUGUGGUCGUGUUCUCCUGCAUCAUUGCUGAAGGCUACAUUAAUUCAUACCACUCGACGGAGCUCCGUUGCAUCUUUAACCAGAAUGAAGAUGCCUGCCGAUAUGGCACAGCCAUCGGGGUGCUUGCCUUCCUGGCUUCAGUCUUCUUCUUCGUGGUUGAUGUCUAUUUUCCUCAGAUUAGCAAUGCCACUGACCGCAAGUACUUGGUCAUUGGUGACAUGAUCUUCUCAGCUUUCUGGACCUUCCUGUGGUUUGUUGGAUUUUGUUUUCUUACCAAUCAGUGGGCAGCCACCAGUUCUACAGCCGUGUUGGUGGGGGCUGACUCAGCCCGGGCAGCAAUCUCAUUCAGUUUCUUCUCCAUCUUCUCCUGGGGCUUGCUGGCUGCCCUUGCCUACCAGAGAUACAAAGCUGGGGUAGAUGACUUCAUCCAGAACUACAUUGACCCUACCCCUGAUCCUGCUGUCCCUUAUUCCUCCUACCCAGGAGUUGCUGGAGACAAUUACCAACAACCACCCUUCACUCAGAAUGCAGAGACCACUGAAGGUUAUCAGCCGCCUCCAGUUUACUAAGCUAAGGCAGCAUGCAAAAGCACAGUGGGGGACAAAAGGAAGGGUAGGCUUGACUUGGUCUUCACCUUGUAGAAAGGGAAAGGGAGGGAGCCUUUGUACACCUUCACAAUGGCAUUCUCUUCUUCCUGUUUGUACUCCAUGCUUUUUCAAACCUGCCAUAUAAUUUGAGGUACUACUGCCUUCCUUUAAGGAGGGAUUGAAAAAUAAUCUGCCUUUGGACAGAGCAUUUUUAAAAGACAGUUUUGAAUAGAAGUGUUUUCUCACUGCUUUCCCCUUUGCUUGGGACAACUAUAGAAGUGGAUAAUCCCAACAGUGCUAUUUACAGUGCCUUAUAUCUUCCCUUCAUCCCAGGGGACAAAAACUUGUGAUUUCUGUGGUUCUGGCAGUGGCUGCUUAGAAUUCUCAGGUCCUGCUGAGACAUUCUGUGAUGCUUUAUGCGUGUGGGUGUGCAGGGUGUUUGUAUGCCUUCAUGCUUAUGCCUUCUGUUAAUAAUGGUGGGCUCUGAGAUAUAGUGAGCUCCCCAUCUUGAUUUCCCCAGCACAUAUACACUCCAUUGCUCUCAGGUCUGUAAUCCUUUUAUCUGGGAUUAUUCUCUUGAUCCCUGUUCCUUUCCAACUCGGAGGAGAAAGUGAGGACCACUCAGGCAUUUAGCCCUAAACCCCUUGUGGUUAUUGCUGUAUUCUUCUGGUUCUCCUGUCUUCCGAGAUUGCUAAUCCAUACCUGGUCUGGUGCCAGGGUCUACCUGGGGGUUGGUGACAGCAGGGGCAGCAUUGCCUAGUCCUUGCUACAGAAAUCCUGGUAGUUGGGAGUGGCUUUUGCCUAACCUGCAAGAUCCUGCUUUGUGUAAAUAUUCUUCCAUUGUUAAAAUAUAAAAUGUGAGGCAGAGCAAGAAGGCAUGCCUACCUUGCAGCCCCUGGAUGAUUCUGAAUGUAUUAAAAAGCCAUCAGAAAAGAACAUCCAGAAGACUUUGCAUUUUGUUAAGUUGGUUUGGAGAUGGAAUAAAGAUUAUAUAUAUAUA